CAAUAGUCAAUUCAGACAAAAAAGAACAACAAAGAUCAUAAUAGGGAGCUUGCAGAAAAAUUUGACCCAGCUGAAACUGAAAGAUGGGAGGCCGUUGACUCAGAUAUAAACAUACUCUGUGGCUAUCUCCUUCUCUAUAAUAUACUCACUUGCAUUUACUUUGUACAAAGCCCAUCAUUCUUUUCAGAAAAAUGGCAAAGAACCCCGUCAAAUACUCUGUGGUCGAUGCUUUCACUGACUCCGCAUUUAAGGGAAACCCAGCUGCUGUUUUGUUGCUGGAGGAAGAAAAGGACGAGCAAUGGUUGCAAUCCGUGGCGGCCGAAUUUAACAUCCCCGACACUUGUUAUCUGACUCGGCUCACUUCCUCCGGCUCUUCGAUUCCAAGAUUUCAUCUUAGAUGGUUCACUCCCGUAGCUGAGGUUAAGCUUUGUGGGCAUGCAACACUAGCUGCUUCACAUGCUCUCUUUACAUCUGGAGAAGUAGAUUCAAACAUUAUCGAGUUUGCCACUCUGUCUGGGAUUCUAACUGCUAAAAAAGUUGUAGAGAGGUCUGGUACUGAAACACACAAAGGCUUUUUCAUUGAAUUGAACUUUCCCACUGAUCCCCUCACCGAAUCUGUUUCUGCUGAGGACUCAAUCUUGAUAUCUAAAGCCUUGGGCGGUGCUAUUGUGGUUAAUACAAGGAUAACUUCCUUGGAUAAGAUCAUUGUUGUGGUUCCAUCAGCAGAAGAUGUUGCAGAAUUGCAGCCAGACUUUGGUGCACUACAAAAAUGUCCAGGAAUGGGGAUAGUCGUAACUGGAAUUGCUCCUUCAGAGUCUGGAUUUGAUUUUCACAGCAGGUUCUUCUGCCCAAAGUUUGGAGUCAAUGAGGACCCUGUUUGUGGAAGUGCUCAUUGUGCAUUAGCACCCUAUUGGAGCAAAGAACUAGGGAAGUGUGAUUUUGUUGCGUAUCAGGCAUCACCAAGAGGAGGGGUGUUGAAUAUUCAUCUAGACGAGCAAAACCAGAGAGUACUUUUGCAAGGAAAAGCCUUUACUGUGAUGGAGGGAACACUUUUGGCUUAGUUUUAUUAUUUUUUUUUAAUGAUUUAUUGAUGAGUCAUGUUGUGGACAGAUUCCUCACAAUUAUAAACUGUUCUGGGAUUAACUAAGCCAUAAGAACUGCUAGUCCCCUCUGUUGUUGAAAAUUUUCCAGUUAAAAUAAAUUAAAAAAUGACAAGAUAAUAGACAUUAUAUCUAUAUUAAUAAA